AUGUCUCAAACCAUCUUACGGGGUCUGGCCUUGGCCAACCACUUUAUGAUUUUCGCCUCGGCCACUAUCGUCACUGGCUUGCUUUCUCGCUUCUUGCACAAGAAUGACUUUCGCAAUGCACAUCUCAUCUACGAAGAGGUUAUCGCUACUAUUACUCUCGCCUUCUACUUGGCUGCUACAGCCUUGCCACUCAUCAAGAGCUAUCGUGGCUACCUUUUGCCGCUGAACCUUAUCUUCUCUUACUUGUGGCUCACGUCGUUUAUAUUUACGGCGCAAGAUUGGAGUCGUGGCAAGUGCCUUACUGCAGAACCACGAGAGCAUUCACAAUGCCGAAAGAGACAUGCCGUUGAGGCGUUUACCUUUAUUGCCUUUCUGGCAAAGUCGGUUCCCCGCAAACUAGAAACACCAGUUUUGACGUGGACGAGGGCACACGCCCAAAGCACGGGCAGCACACGGCUAAGGGACAAGGCUCUCAGUAUCGCGAGUGGUGCAGCCAUCAGUGCUGAGAACUACGCCGCGUUCGACAGCCGUCCCGUCUUUGAGUUUGUCGCGCAAGAAGCCCAAUCUUCCCGACAAGGGCCACGCGCAUUCGGCGUCCGUCUGCGGGGACGAGAUCAAGAGGCUUUCAGAUCUUGCGGCCUGCGUGCCUCCUGCGCGCGAGAUCCACCGCAUCGCUCUUUGGCUUCCUCUUCAGCCUUCUGGGCGUCGCCUGCGAUUCAUCGUCCUCUGUCGCGGCUGGCGGGGAAGAGUCGUAACCCGUCUGGGCACGAGGUGUGCCGUCUGUGCCUGGCGUCCACUGGCCGGGCGUCCACCGGCGUAUUGUCCACUAGCCGUGCGUCGAGUCGGCGACGGAGGACGACCGCUGCACCUGCGUAUUCUGGAGGCGCGUCUCUCUUCGUCGGCGAAUGCAAUGUUGCGGAUGGAGACACGCUCGCCCAGAGGAACCGGCGCCUGCCCGGGGUCGAGGUGUGCGGCUGUAAGGGGCGUGCCUAUGCGCCAGCGGGCCGCGAGAUUCUGGAUAUUCUCGUCGACACCCCUUACUUGGCUGGGGUCGUCGAGGAAAGAGUCGGCGAAGGUGCUGUAGAAUAG